GGCCGCCCGGGCCCUGCGCAGCGGACGGGGGCCCUCUAGUGAGGGGCGGCGCGGCCGCGGCUCCGCCCCGGCCCGGAGCAGCCAUGGCGGGGCUGGAGCCGCUCUACGCCUGGGCCAGGCCCGCCAUCUCCCGCCCGCAGGACGCGCUGGUCUGCGGCGUGCACUGGGAGCUGGUCCGACACGGCUACCGCUGCCUGGGCACCGGGGACCAGCCAGGUCCUGAUGAAAGGAAGUCAGAGCUGCUGCCUGCUGGCUGGGAAGCCAACAAGGAGGUGUAUACACUGCGCUACAAGUCCACAGAUGAUGCCCGUGAGCUGCUGCUGAAGGCCAUCAUGGUGGAGGACAGCAUGAUCCUCAAUGUCAUGGAUCGUGGCUCUCAGAAGGUGGCAGAUGUGACCUUGGCAGUGGCCGACUACAUCAACCCAGAGCACCUGGAUGAUUUCCACAAGGUGUACAAGAACACCGAGGAGCUGAGGACAAGGAUCACUUCAGGCAUCCUUGCUCCCCUCGGGGCCCCCACGGAAAAGGCCAAAAAGGAGCCUGAGUCCGAAAAGGAUUUGCAGCGGGAUGACGACCCCCUCCGGAUCCCUCCCCGGCAGCCGGCGGGCACAAGGGCCCCAUCCUGGCCGUCCUCCGUGAAUCCCUUUGCUGUUGGUGGGGGAGACCUGGACCCUCUCGGAGGUCGGAGUGGGGGAAUGAUCGUGGAUCCUCUCCGAUCUGGCUUCCGGCAGCCCGGCAUUGACCCAUCAUCAGGCAUCCCAGGCCGGCUUCCCCCAGGAGCUGUUCCACCAGGUGCCAGAUUCGACCCCUUUAGCCCCUUAGGAGCUGGACGACCUGGGCCUGAUCCCGACCACCUUCCCCCUCCAGGCUACGAUGACAUGUUCAUGUGAGGAGUCACUGAGUGGCUGAGUCUCCUGGGAAGCAGAUGUGCUUCCCCUCUUCGCUCCACAUCGGUGGAUUUAGAUCUUUCCAGCAGCGUUUCUCUCCGUUUGGGGUUGCAUUCCCGUGUGUCCCAUCUGCUAUAAAGGCUUCCCUGUUUGCAGAACAGAA